AUGAAACAGCGAAUAACUUAUGUGGUGACAAACCCAGAGGAGUUUACUCCCGAUCAACUUCAGGUUGGCGAAGACCAAUCCGGUCCAUACUUUGCUUUGGAUAAUGUCUGUGCUGCGAAGGAACACCGUAUCACACUCGGCCUGAAUGAGCUACCGGAAGAACCCACGCGCUUCCAAACCCCAACCCGGCACUACCCUCUCCUCCAAGCCUCCAAGAACCCAACCGCCCCACCUAAACUCCACCCCCUAACCUACAGCACCUCCUUCAACCAACCAACCGGCCUCCACCCAACUCUCACCCUAACCUUCCCAGCACAUCACCUCACCCCGCCAGACCGCUCCUGCAAACUACACACCCACCUAACCCUCCCCUCCUAUCUUUUCAUCGACAAAUACCAAUUCUCCGACGCCCUAUUCCUCGCAGACAAGAACCUAAAGCGCCUCCGCAGUCUAGCCGGGGCCACCGAUCUCGAAGCCCCAGACUGGGUUGUGCCCGCCUGGGGCUCCGCAGCGCUCUUUGAACUCGCUACACCCACGCCAGAGAAGAUUGAAUAUCCCAAGGUCAGUCUGGGGGAUGGGGAGGAGAGCGUGUGGGAGGACUUGCCGACGCAUCGUGAGGUGCCGGAGGGGGAUUGGAAUGUUAGCAUACCGUUGCAUCUGCGGUAUAUGCCUGCUCAGGCGGCGUCUCAUGCUAGGCUACCUGUCCCUUGGCCUGUUGUGUUCUGGGCUUGCCGUGCGGAUUCGGGCGCACAGCAUACUACCAAUCCGUUUGAUCGCUUGCAUUUGGGGUAUGAGGGCUUGUUUGGACCCAAGACUAGGUUCAUUCAUGUCGAGCCAAAGGCGUGGAAUCAGACAGACUCGGGUGGACUGGUGGAGUGGAUCAAUGUGCCGGUGCUUGACACGAGGAUGGCUGGGUGGGUUGAGGGAGGGACGGUUGGUGUGGUCUUGUUCGCGUUUGUGGGGCUGUGCUGGAUGUUAUUUAGGAACAUUGGGAAGGGGGAUGUUGAGGAUGAGAAGAAGAAGCAGUAG